AUGGGCGACGCCCCUGCUGAGACGACAAAGCCUCUCGAUUCAACUGAUGCCGACGCCUAUUCCCGCCUCCUCCGUGCCUCGACAACCGACUUCUUCCGCGACAUCCAACCCGGCUGGGGAUAUUCGUCCAUCACUUAUCGGAUGAAAGAUUUUAUAAAGGGCGUCUGGCGACUCGCCCGCCUGCCCAAUGGUUACGAGCUCGCUUGCGAGACCCUCGUGUGGUUCAGCAUAUCCGUGCUCCAUCGAUUCGAUUCGCCUUUCGUCCAUAUACUCAAUUCGCAGCGUCAGAACAUAUAUUUCCUGCUGGAUGAUGCCAUGUUGUAUAUCGCCCUGGAAUGGUGGGAAAAGAGUGCUAUCUGGGAUGUAUGGACCGUAGUGAAAGAUAUCAGACUAGGCUUGAAUGCAGGUAAAGUGGAGUGGUGGGAGCGUGGGUCGUACUUCGCUAAGUCACUCGAAUUUCUUCUCGAGAGUCAGAAGGUGUUUGAUGUCAGGACCAUGGCUCUGCUGGUAGCUGGACACCGACUUCCACCGGAGCUUACGGACCAGGUGUCUGGAUAUCUGCUAUAUCAUAAAGGGCUACCCCUAACGGACGUCAAAGCGAAGCACGAUUGGAGGAGCAAUGUUGCGAGAGCAUCAGCGGCGCCAGCAGCUUCUUUGAGUGCUUCCAAAGCUAGGUUGAGAUGA